GUGGAGAAACCAUUAAGAGUAUUAACCAGCAAUCUGGAGCCCACGUGGAGCUGCAGAGGAACCCCCCCCCCUCCACCGACCCCAACACCCGGGUCUUCACCAUCAGAGGAACCGCCCAACAGAUGGACCUGGCCCGCCAGCUGAUAGACGACAAGAUCGGGGGUUCUGGCAUCAUGAGUAACGGAGGGUUUGGAUUCAGUCCUUUCACUCAGAAUCCUGCUGCUCACCAGAACUGUGGCAGCGGUCAGACUUUCCUGACGGGGGUUUGGGGAAACACCUACCAGACCAGCUGGCAGAACCCUGGACAACAAGAUCCUGGUCAACAGAAUCCACCUCAGAGCCUGAUGGCCGACUACAGUAAGGCCUGGGAGGACUACUACAAGAAGCAGAGUCAGUCGUCUCAGCAGAGUUCGGUUCCAGACUACACUGCAGCGUUGGCAGAAUACUACAGACAGCAGCAGCCCUACCUGUGGAACGCGACCCAGAUACAGGAUCACUAGAGGCCCCUCCCUUACCGGUGAAGGCCCAUGGACGGUCGUCAACGGCAACCAAAUUGGGGUUUCCUAGCAACGCUGUGCCGCUUCCUCCUUUUUGUAGAGAAAAAAAAAAAUUACGGAUUAACUGAAAUCACAAACUCUUUUCUUUUUUUUAACCUUACAAAGUUGAUAUUUUGUCGGGCAGAUAUUUUUUGGACUAGCCUCUGGUCUCCUGUCACAGCGUAGACCCAAUUUUUCUUUGUUUUGUUUUUUAUCAAACUUGAAGUUAAAGAUGUAUCAGUGUGGCUUUGAACAAAACAAAAAUCCAGUGUAAUCUAUAUUUUGCUUUAGUUUUAUUUCCAAUAAGAAAACGGUGUAUAAGGCUUAGCAGUCUUGAGUAAGAAAAUCAGAUAUUAUUAAUAUUGUUUAUGAUAAUGUUUUAAAGCAUGCGUCGGAUUGUGUGUUGACUCUCACUUGCUGUUUUUUUUUUGUAUUUUAUUAUUUUGGCAUAGAAAUAUUUUAAUAGCGUCAGAUGGAAAUUUAAUGUUUUACCGUCGGAGACAGAAACUGUUUUUUGUACUAAAUUGUGCUCGCUGGGUGCGUUUGUUCUCGGUCUAAUUUUACCUGUUAAGUCGCCAUCUUGGAGGCAAUGACGCGUCUAUCGGUUUUUCUUUUGGUUAAAUAGUUCUUAUUCCUGUAUCUCUUUAGUGAUUCUUUAGUUUUUAUGAUGUACUGAUGAAUAAAUGACGAUUUAUAUUGCGUUGCCUAAAGCCAGAUCUCUCUGUGGUCCUUCACAGGAUUCAAACCCCCAACCUUGACUUUCGUUACAAUAAAAGGGGAAAUAAAUGUUAGUUCUGCGUCUGUACUUUGACGACUUGUUCAUAGAAGAAGUGUUAGUAGCUGAUCAAUGAAGUUAUUGAUUCUAUUCCCGACGUAUUGGCGCGUUGUUUAAAUGUGGAAGUUGGCAAAGGGAGAUUUGCGUUACCUCAAGUGUGUCGUUAGCGGAGCGGAUGCGUUUCGUUUGUUUUUGUUUUUAUAUCAGCCAACCGCUGAACUCCAAUGAUGUCCUGAACAAUGAGCGUUUAUUAGCUUCAUGUGCUAGCUUAGCAAUAUGACCUAGUUAUGUGUUAGCGUAAUGCGUUAGCUCAUACUGAAUAUACCUGUGUUUUUUUUAUUAUAGAUUUUCCCAUUUGAUAAAAAAAUAUUACUUCAAACCGUAAGAGGAACUAGUGAAGAAAUGUCCCCAGAGAAGCUACACUGACAUUAACGUCUAAAUGAAACCCAAUUAACUCAAAUACCAUCCAAUUUAACCUGCUAACACACGGCUAUUACAGUGGCUGUACGUUGAAUAUCCAUUCACCUACUGACACUACCGUUAGCGAAGGGAGCCACAUAUAAAUAGUCCUCAAGUCGUCGCCGACGUGACGCAGAUGUAGCAUUCAAAUUGUUCACGUGAACUGUAUGAGUUAGCUUAGCUGCGUAACGUAGCUGUUUGUUAUUUUAUAACUUAGCAUUGCUAAGCUCACAAGCUAUAGUGAGACAGUCAUCUAAGUAAUCACGAAUAUCUGCUGAACAUGUCGAUAUGCUAGCUAGUUAAUAAUGUGAAACACUUCCUAAUAACUCAUUUACCUUUUAUCCAUUUAUUUUUUAUAGCUACACGGUUGGCUUGUGGUCACGAGUUCAUGAGUUAGCGCAGCUGAUAUUCGUUAGCUGAACCGAGCUUUCUGAACGUGUGUGUGUGUGUGUUCGCUUUGGGUUGUUAGUCUGUGACGGCUGGUUUGUGUUUCUGUAACAUUUACGAUGUCAUUUUGAAUUAGUUUUAAACACAUACACACGUACAUGGAAGUAUUUUUCUACUUCCUGUUAACUUGUUUAACCCACGUUUCCAAUUUUGAAUUGUUGCCUUAAUUUGCAUAAUUACGUAGACGCGUUGGUGGAGGUGUGAUUCCUUUGUUAGCCGCGUGCGUGGGGGUGUUAGCUAGCCGUUAGCUUGUUGCGUUUAGGGCCACAGAGAGGUUCGUCUGGCUUUGAUCUGAUCUGGCGUUUGAGUCGAACAUUGAAUCCGUGACUCUGCUCGUGUGUGAUGAUAAUAAUGAGUUCUCCUGUGAAGGGGUCUAUUUAAAUCUAUCCUGUUUUGAGUAUUCACUUUGUCGAUGGGAAGUUUUGUGUAAAUUUCCUCUUUCUGGCGGGUGCUCUCCGGUUAAAAAUGUACUUUGUUAUCCUGUUAAAAAUGAUCUUGUUUAAUUCUGGUGUUUGUGUCUCACAAAGAGAAGCAGAGAGUGAGUUUAUUUCCUCAAGACUGCUAGGCUGCCGGCCUCCGGCGGCACGCUGCCGCGGUGAACCAUGUGACCGCGUGACAUCGGCUCUGCUAGCGCGGCUCUGCUUAAAUAAAGGAAAAGGCUCCGGAGGACGUCGGCUCGCCCCUCCGGGUCACGUCUUCAGCGACGGGGGGCCUUUCUUUCUUUUGGUUUCUGUUGUUUUUCUAAACUGUAACCUGGAGAUUUUUCUAUUAGAUUCUAUCGACCUGAUGAUGAAGAGUCGCGUGUGAAGAAGAUGAUUAACAUGCGAGCGAAUAAACAGGCUCAUUCUUUCUGA